UAUUUCCGGUAAACUUCCUCUGAGUUUUGUUGACACUUAGCACGUGAAAAUACUUUGGCAGUACCAAUUUUUCGGUCGCUAUUUUCUAACAGGUUUAUAUCUAACAUGUCAUAACGGCAGUCUUUUUAAAAUUGCGGGCAAUUUUCUGGAAUUGUCGCGGUAUAUGCAGCUCGUUUGGGAACGUUAGUGCUAUUGAGCUAGCAUGCUAAGAUAGCUAACAGUGUUUACCUGCUGUUCACUCGUGUAAUCCGCGAUAAUCCGCUCCACGGACUGUACUCAGAUUAUGACUCCAGUCAGAUGCGUUUGUUAUGCUCUUGCUUGCUCUGAAUAACGUCUACGCCAUGGACACCGAAGGAAUUGUAAUUCGAAUAAAGACGCCGGUAGGGGACAUGGAUUCAUCCGUGGAUUGCCCCUCACUUUUGAGUUUCAACGAUUUGCUGGUCGCAAUCCGAGACGUCAUGCCUGAGGCGACAGUUACAGCAUUUGAGUAUGAAGAUGAGGUGGGUGACAGAAUCACAGUUCGGAGUGAUGAAGAACUCAAAGCCAUGCUGUCAUAUUACUGCAACACAGUGAUGGAGCAGCGCAUGAAUGGACUUCUUCCAGAGCCUCUACAGAUAUUUCCUCGAGCCGGCAAGACUCCGGGGAUCCGGAACAUCCACGGCCUCAAGGUGAACACGCGUCCCGGGUCCUCCAGCAGCCGUGGGCCCUCCCCUGCUGACUCUCUGCCCAACAACAGUUUAAAGAAGUCCUCGGCAGAGCUGAAGAAGAUCCUGACCAAUGGCCAGAUAAACGAAAAAGACAUCCAGUACCAGGAGCAGCUGGGCCAUGGAAAUGGAGGAACUGUAUACAAAGCAUAUCAUCUCCUGGGGAAGAGAGUUCUAGCAGUGAAGGUCAUUCCUCUUGAUAUCACCGUGGAGCUGCAGAAACAGAUCAUGUCUGAACUGGAGAUUUUGUAUAAGUGUGACUCUCCGUACAUCAUAACUUUUUACAGUGCUUUCUUUGUGGAAAACAGAAUAUCAAUAUGCACUGAGUUUAUGGAUGGUGGUUCUUUGGACGUUUAUAGAAGGAUCCCAGAGCAUGUCCUAGGCCGUAUCGCAGUAGCAGUGGUGAAAGGACUCACGUAUUUGUGGAGCCUGAAGAUUUUACACCGAGACGUGAAGCCCUCCAACAUGCUAGUGAACACGCGGGGCCAAGUCAAACUCUGUGACUUCGGCGUCAGCACACAGCUGGUGAACUCGAUCGCCAAAACCUACGUUGGAACCAAUGCUUAUAUGGCGCCUGAACGAAUAUCUGGGGAGCAGUAUGGCAUUCAUUCAGAUGUAUGGAGUGUAGGAAUCUCUUUCAUGGAGCUGGCCCUUGGAAAUUUCCCCUAUCCUCAGAUUCAGAAAAACCAAGGGUCCUUAAUGCCUCUCCAGUUAUUGCAGUGCAUCGUUGAUGAGGAUCCCCCUGUGCUACCCACUGGUCACUUCAGUGAGAAGUUUGUAGACUUCAUAACACAGUGCAUGAGAAAGCAGCCUAAAGAACGCCCCGCUCCCAAUAACCUCAUGGACCAUCCCUUUAUUAUGCAGUAUGACGAUGGCAACACAGAGGUCGUGUCCAUGUGGGUCUGUCGCAGCUUGGAGGACCGCAAAUCCCAGCAAGCUCAGGGGCUAAUGUAAGGAGCCAUGGAAACAAUGAGGGCCCAUGGGAAAUAGAGCCCAUUCUCCUUCCAUCUUUAAGCCUCCACUGAGUCCAUUGGGGUAAACGGCUGAGCUUACUUGAAGGCAACUACCCCACUCCAUCCACAGAGCCCAUAAGAUGACCCGAGAGAGAUUAUGAGCAUUUCAGUACAACCACUGGCUCCUGUAGCCUUAACUCUCUAACUCUAACUAUAGCUUUGUUUUCUAUAUAACUGUGUUUGUUGAAUUCUUAUGUGGAUUACAGUGUGAAUGUCUGAGAAGAAUGGUCUCCUUAGAGUCUUAUCACUCCAAAACUCUUGUUGUUAUUCAUGCAUUUGGAGCAAGCAACAAAGUCUCUUUAAACGGUUGUCCCUUUCCUCCGUUCAUAGAACAGAAUAGACUGGCACAAAUACGGCACAGUCCUAGUUUGAUGGCAGCACCCAGUGAGGCAGUGCUGUGAGUGGCAUCAUUGGCAGAGGGUGUUGUGGCGAACUUGGCUGCCCCCCCUACGUCUGCCUCUCCCCUUGCCUGUAGGUCAAGUGUAGUUCGUCAGGCUGAAUUAACCCUGAACAGUAUCUGCCAAGCACUGACCUAGGCACACUGAGCCCUGCUGUAGCUUCUUAUGUAAAGGGUUAGCAUGAAGCUCAGCCAUGGCACAUUUCACCCUGGGUAGUUAACGUUACUACAGUGAUGAUAAAGGAUUUGCUACAGGUAUCAAGAUAGCAUACCAUAGCAGGGCAGUAUCUUAGGACCUUUUCCCUCUAGAAAGAAUCAGCAUGUUAAUAUACUUCAGUGGUGACUAAAUAUGGUAAUAUAUACAUUAACUUGGACACUGGCUGAAUGACCGGCCAUUUUGCAUAGUAGACAUUACUGCCAUAGUGCUAAUCUGCAAGACCUUCAGGAGCUUCAGUACUACCAAAUGGUGAGAAGGAAAAAAAAAAAAGAUUUAAA